CCCAAACCCAAAAAGGUCGGGUCGGGUCGGGGCAGAACCGUUUUCUCUCACCUUUUCGGAUCCCUAAACCCUUGCACUCAAAUCAGAAAACGUACACUUUCAUUUUCACUGGCUCUGUCUCUCUCUCUCUUUUCUCUCUUUCAUAGACUAAAAAUGAGGUCUUUGAAGCCUCUGCAACUCCGGCGACUCCUACUCCGCUCUCUUUCCACCUCUUCUUCUCCAACCAUCCAAACCCUCAUCCCAUUUCCCUCAACCAAACCCACCCACCAUAUCCCCAGCUCAAUCACCACCACCUCUCACUUUCUCUCUCUACCCCAUUUCUCUCUCCCCAAAUCCUUCUCUUCUUCCUCAUCCCCACCACCCCCCGACGAAUCCCAACUGGCCCAAUCCAUCUCCUCCCACCUUCUCCAACACCAACCCGACCCCUUUUCCGUCGCCCAAGCCCUCCAAUCCACCUUCCCUCACGUCACCCCCACCCCUUCUCUGCUUCUCUCCGUCCUCAACCUCUCCGCCGAAGCCGGCCGCACCGUCCUAGGCUUCAACCACUGGCUCAUCCAGAACCCUGAUUUCCACCACACCGACGACACCCUCUCCUACUUUGUCGACUACUUCGGCAGGAGGAAGGAUUUCAAGGCCGCCCAUGACGUCAUUCUCACUGCGCCGCGUGACGUUGCCGGGCCCAAGACCUUGGCUGCCUCCAUUGACAGGCUGGUGAGAGCUGGGAGGCCGGCGCAGGCGGUCUCUUUCUUUGAGAAGAUGGAGGAGGACUAUGGGCUCAAGAGGGAUAAGGCCGCGCUCCGAUUGGUUGUGGAGAAGCUCUGCGAGAAUGGGUUUGCCAGCAAUGCUGAGAAGAUGGUGAAAGGUUUGGUGAAUGAGUUUUUCCCUGAUGAGUAUAUUUGCGAUUUGCUUAUUAAGGGGUGGUGUGUGGAUGGGAAGCUUGACGAGGCUAGGAGAUUGGCUGGGGAGAUGUAUAGGGGAGGGUUUGAGAUUGGGACUAGUGCUUUCAAUGCCAUUCUUGAUUGCGUGUGUAAGCUUUGCAGGAAAAAGGACCCCUUUCGGCUGCAUUCCGAGGCUGAGCAGAUUUUGGUGGAGAUGGACUUCCAUGGGGUGCCGAGAAAUGUGGAGACUUUCAACGUGCUGAUUACUAAUUUGUGUAAGAUUAGGAAGACCGAGGACGCGUUGAAUUUGUUUCAUAGAAUGGGGGAGUGGGGGUGUUCUCCAAACGAGACUACGUUUCUUGAAUUGAUCAGGAGCUUGUAUCAGGCAGCUAGGGUUGGGGAGGGAGAUGAAAUGAUCGAUAGGAUGAAAUCAGCGGGGUUCGGGGAGGCUCUGGAUAAGAAGGCCUAUUUUGGGUUUCUGAAGAUUUUGUGCGGCAUUGAGAGGAUUGAUCAUGCUUUGUCUGUUUUCAAGAAAAUGAAGGAGGAUGGAUGUGAACCCGGGAUCAAGAGUUAUGAUCUGCUGACGGGAAAAUUAUAUGCUCACAACAGAGCCACUGCCCUGUUUAAUGAGGCCCAAAAGAAAGGGGUGCCUGUGACACACAAGACAUACCAGGUGGAUCCAAAAUACUUGAAGAAGCCAAAGGCUAAGAAGGAGAAUACAAGGGAAACACUUCCUGAGAAGAUGGCAAGGAAGAGGAGACGUCUUAAGCAAAUUCGAUUGAGCUUCGUUAAGAAGCCCAAAAAGGGAAUGCGCCGAGCCUACUGAUGUACUAGAAGUUGGAAUGAACACAUUGUCAAGAGGAAUGAUAGUUUGUCAUUUCCUAUUUUUUCUGAUGUUUCAUGUUGUUGACUUUGCUAUUUUUUGUUUUGAUAGUUUUCUUUGUGAGUUUUUGACAUUAGAAAUAAACCCUUUCCAUCUAAACUUGUGCCA